AUGGCAUACGACCGAUAUGUUGCCAUCUGCCAACCACUGCACUAUGAGAGAAUGAUGAAUAUCAGAGCUUGUGUCAAAAUGGCAGUUGGUGCCUGGAUCAGUGGGAUUCUCUACUCUGUGCUACACACUGGGAACACAUUUGCAUUGAUCUUCUGUGGAGGCAACAUGGUGGAUCAGUUCUUCUGUGAGAUCCCCCAGCUACUCAAGCUCACCUGCUCCGACACAUAUCUUAGUGAAGUUGAGGUUCUUGUCUUUACUGCAUGUUUACUCUUAGGCUGCUUUGUUUUUAUAAUUGUGUCAUACGUUAAGAUCUUCAAAUCAGUGCUCAGAAUCCCCUCUGAGCAGAGCCGGCAUAAAGCCUUCUCCACCUGCCUUCCUCACCUCACUGUGGUCUCCUUGUUUGUUUGCACUGCCAUCUUUGCUUACUUGAAACCCACCUCCAGUUCCCCAUCUGCUCUGGAUCUUGUGAUGGCUGUUCUCCAUUCUGUGUUGCCACCAAUCUUGAAUCCAAUUAUCUACAGCAUGAGGAACAAGGAGAUCAAAGUUGCCCUGAGGAGACUGACUGGGUGUAGGUAA